GUGGUGUUCAUGAAGGGCAGUCCGGCGCAGCCCCUCUGCGGCUUCAGCAACGCCGUCGUGCAGAUCCUGCGCCUGCACGGCGUGGAGGAUUACCGCGCCCACGACGUCCUGCAGGACCCCGACCUCCGCCAAGGAAUAAAAAACUACUCUAACUGGCCUACCAUCCCACAAGUAUACCUCAACGGGGAAUUCGUUGGUGGCUGUGAUAUACUCCUCCAGAUGCAUCAGAAUGGAGAUCUCGUAGAAGAGCUGAAGAAGCUGGGAAUCCGUUCAGCGCUUCUGGAUGCAGAGAAAGAAAAAGACCAAGACAAAAAGUAAAACGAGCGAAAAAGAUGCUGUGACAGGAAUAAAGCAAAUCUUCGCUAAGAACUUGUUACCAGUAAAGCCUUAUGUACUUUAGCUCAAAGAAGGCAUCUUUUUGAACUGACACUAAGAUUUAUCUGUGAAUGUCUGUUAGCUCAUGGUAAAUGUAGUGAUCUUGGUAUUUUGAUUUAUGGGUAUUGUGAAAAUUUGAAUAUAACCACUGCACUGUAAAGCAUACAUUUGUGGAAAUGGUGUUUUUAAAAAAAAAAUCACUCAAAAAGCAUUCAAUUCUUGAUUGAAGCAGAAGUAAACCAAAAGAACUAAUAUUUUUAUGGAUUUUGAGUGUGUGUUUCUCUGUUCUUUGUUACGCAAACCUAUGCAAACAGUGUUUGCAUUCCCUUGCUCCUCUGGAAAAAGUGUUAAGUAAUAGUGCAUCAGUUUUGCUGUAUAACUGCUGGUGAUAAGACUUCCUGAGAGCCUGUAAAACUUUUGUAAUCACAUAUGAUAGGAGAAAAAUAGUCUUCAAACAAUAUAGAAGAAAAGAAUUAUAUGAGAGUGCAUGAAAUAUACUUUUAUUCCAAAGGGUAAAAAUAAACAGACUUGUACAAAUAAAUGUAUAAUGGUCGUUAUUACUUUGUAACAUUCUGAUGGGUUUUAAAAGAUUGCUGAGACUUGUGCCUAAAAAUUUUAUAAAGCCUUUUCUACCUCUUGCAAAGCAGCUUUUCCCCCUGCUUAUAUACUUUGUGUAUUGCAGUUCUGUGUCAGUGCUAAAAUAUGAGAAUUGUUAAAGGCUUCAGUACUCUGGCUUGAAAUAGUAGGGGAGAAUACUUCAGUUACUACUGUAAUCUUGUAUUAUUUGCUAGUUACUAAGUUAUCUUUUUAUAUUUGCUGUAUUUUCUCCUGACUGCUGUGCUUUGAAGAAUAGGGUCUUCAAACAUGGGAUUAACAGAUGAAAUGUUUCACGUAGAUGAGUGCAGCAGAGAGGCUGCUGCAGAGAUAAAUAUUUCUUUGUGGAAGGUCUCUGAAGUCUUCACUACCUAUCUGGCCACGCUUCCCUAUGUUAAAACAAAUUGUAUUAACCAAUGUAGCUUCGCCUGUGCAGCAAUACUGCUAAGGUUAAAAGCUAACCAAGCUGUUUCUAAAUGCAGUUUACUUUUAUUAAUACAAACCAGUUUGCAUGUGAAUUAGACAAAUGAUUGGAAAUAAACUGUAUUUUAUGUUGAUUGUC